AACUCUAAAGAAUACAUAAAAGAAAAAUUAGUAAACAACAUUUUAUUGGAGGGAAAUAAUGUAAUAGACCAAUUGCGACAAACUAAACUAAGGAAACACAUUGAAAAGCAUAAAUUGAAACUAAUUAAACCACAAUUAACAUAACCUCUGUUCUGUCAAACAUUCUCAUUUAAGCAGAUUUCAAACCUGUCGAAAAAAUGAGCGUGGAGGACGAAGUGUUUCGGAUUCAAAAGAAAAUUGGCAAAAUUUCAACUUCCAGCGAUGGAACAGGCCAGGACCAGGCGCUUGAUUUGCUCAAAGCACUGCAAACCCUCAACAUUAAUCUGGAGAUCUUGACCAAGACACGCAUCGGGAUGACGGUGAAUGAGCUGCGCAAAAGCAGCAAGGAUGACGAGGUGAUCGCCCUGGCGAAGACUUUAAUUAAGAACUGGAAGCGUUUCUUGGCCAGUCCGGCACCCCCCGCGGCCAGUGCCAACAGCAACUCCACGCCCAAAGAGGCAGUCGGAGCUGGAGGCAAUAAAGAGAGCAGCAACAGUUCAUCAAAGUCAACAUCGAGCGCCAGCAAAUCGAGUUCCAGCGGCAAAGACAAGUCCAGCAGCAGUAGUUCGACAAAAGAUAAGCGGGACGAGAAGAAGCCGUCGUCGGCGCAAACAUCAUUCCCAGCCGGGGGCAUGACCGAUGCAGUUCGUCUCAAAUGCCGUGAGAUGCUGACGAAUGCGCUGAAGAUUGGCGAGGUGCCCGAGGGCUGUGCCGAGCCCGAGGAGAUGGCCGCCGAGCUGGAGGAUGCCAUCUACUCGGAGUUCAAAAAUACCGAUAUGAAGUAUAAGAAUCGCAUCCGAUCGAGAGUCGCCAAUCUGAAAGAUCCGAAAAAUCCGGGGCUGCGUGGCAAUUUCAUGUGCGGCGCCGUCUCUGCCAAGCAGCUGGCCAAAAUGACACCGGAAGAGAUGGCCAGCGACGAGAUGAAGAAACUGCGCGAAAAGUUCGUCAAGGAGGCAAUCAACGAUGCCCAACUGGCCACUGUGCAAGGCACCAAAACGGAUUUGCUGAAGUGCGGCAAGUGCAAAAAGCGAAACUGCACCUACAACCAGCUGCAAACGCGAUCCGCCGACGAGCCGAUGACCACGUUCGUCAUGUGCAACGAGUGCGGCAAUCGUUGGAAGUUCUGCUAAGUUCCACCCAUUUAUCCGUCACCCCCUUUUUUAAUCAUCUUCCCCACUACGGCCCCAGCGCACUUCAGCUUCUUAUUCAAUUAUAAUACAAAAGUCAAAUUGUAAACAAAUUUGAAUGCAUUCACUGACCACCUAAAGAACUAAAAAACAAUUCAAUAAUAAAAAAACAAAAUAAAAAAUAAAUAAAUACAUACAUAA